CUGAAAUUUACUUAUAAUUCACUCUUCUUUCACAAGAUCAAACAUCUCAAUCUCCUUUUGAAAUCAAAGAAAGUAGUUAUUAUUAGCUCUUUGAAUGGACUUUAAAUUACCUGUAAUUGUACUCAUGUUAUUGCAAACUACCUUCAUAAAUGUGAAGGGUGACGAUCAUGCAGCAGUUAGGAGCAUCCAGAGUGAAGAUGGGGAUAUAAUUGAUUGCAUAGAUAUCUACAAGCAGCCAGCGUUUGAUCAUCCAUCUCUCAAGGAUCACAAAAUCCAGUUGAAACCGAGCUAUGACUUAAAAGUGGAAGCGGAAGCGGACAAGAAAACAUAUGCCGGGAAAAACAAACGAUCUUAUGUGACCGUGACCAAACAAACGUGGCAUAAGAGUGGAACUUGUCCGAAGGGAACAAUUCCUAUCCGAAGAAUACGAAAAGAUUAUGCUUCCGCGAAAGGGCAAUAUUAUUACGCGAAAAAGAGGCCGAUGGCAAUGGAUUUGAAUCGUUUCAAGCAAGCUAACGAAAGCCUUACGUUCUUGUACAAGAAUCAUUCGGUCUCGAUUUUGCACACCGAAGGCUUUGCAUAUAUCGGAGCCAAAGGAGAUAUAAAAGUUUGGAAUCCGUACGUUGAAUUAGAUGACGAAUAUUCGACCUCCCGAGUGGCUUUAAAAACCGGACCUGCCAAUGACUUUGAAGCUGUUGAAAGUGGAUGGGCUGUCAAUCCCAGAGUCUACGGAGACAGGCAGACUCGAUUGUACGUUUAUUGGACGGCUGAUGGGUCAGUGAAAACAGGGUGCUUUGACUUGACCUGCCCAGGUUUUGUCCAAACCAGCAAUGAAAUAGCUCUUGGUGCUGCCAUUUACCCAAUCUCAAACCCCACUGGACUUCCAUACCAAAUCACAAUUUACCUCUACAGAGAUCCCAAUACAACCAAUUGGUGGCUUCAAUACGGCGAAAGGAUCAACGUCGGUUAUUGGCCGGGCGACCUUUUUACGGCACUUAGCCGCCAUGCGGAAACCGUGCAAUGGGGUGGAGAGGUUUACAGCACGAGAGUCGGGACACAGCCCCACACGAAAACCGAGAUGGGUAGCGGCGAAUUUUCGGACUUCGUAAUGCAAAGCUCGGGCUACAUAAAGCGGAUAAGGAUACUUCAAUACGACCUCGUUUUGAAGUUUCCACAGUGGGUGUUUAUGUACGCGGACGAGUACAAUUGUUACGAUUAUUAUUUCCUUUCGGAUUAUGUAGAUGAUCCCGAGUUCUACUAUGGAGGGCCGGGUAGGACCCCUAAGUGCCCUUGAGAAAAUUCUAAGGAAAAAUUUGGGAAAGUUGAUAAGAUAUGGGUAAUGGGUUUAAGUAACUUUGUUGUGAAAUGAAGUUGUGUGGUUUAGUGAAGAAGUGAGCUCAAAAGCGUUAAUAUUACAUAAAAAUUGAUGUAACAAAAUAUGAGAGUAGUGGUGGGAUGGAUGAAAAUUCAUUUGAGUUCUAAUAAAG